UCAACCGUUAGACUGUCUGUUGGGUAUCCGUCGACCGGUACGGAGGGACUUCCCGCGGUCCUUUCCCGCUUCGUAUACACGGUAUAUUAGGGUUGGCGGUUAAAAAUGUUAACACUUACCUCCGAGCGUCGUACCCAACAGGACCCUUUACGCCGAAAUGCCUUUCAACGCUGAAACUGACAAGGAAAAUGUUGGGGAAAACAUGUCUAACCUGUAUAUAAGCAAGACUUCUGAGAAGGUCCAUUCCAAGAACGCACUCCACGAGAACAAAAACAAUACUAACGUACACAAAAAGGAAAAGGAUGUUGGUUCUGAGAAAGCCGUGUGUACGUACAAUCCUCAGUUGGAGCCGCUUCUUCGCGACAACCCCAGGAGGUUUGUCAUGUUUCCGAUCGAGUACCACGACAUAUGGAGAAUGUACAAAAAGGCCGAAGCAUCGUUUUGGACAGUAGAAGAAGUCGAUCUUUCAAAGGAUAUUGAACAUUGGGAGAACUUGAAGCCUGAUGAGAGGCACUUUUUAUCGCAUGUUUUAGCAUUUUUCGCUGCAUCGGACGGGAUUGUAAAUGAAAAUCUUGUCGAACGGUUUUCUCAAGAAGUCCAAGUGACUGAAGCGAGGUGUUUCUACGGUUUUCAGAUCGCAAUAGAAAAUAUCCAUUCCGAAAUGUAUUCACUUCUAAUCGAUACUUACAUCCGUGACCCGAAAGAGAGAGACUACCUGUUCAAUGCAAUCGAAACCAUGGAGUGUGUUAAGAAGAAGGCAGAAUGGGCAUUGUCAUGGAUCUCAAGCGAUAAAGCGACCUUCGGCGAGCGAGUCGUGGCUUUUGCCGCCGUCGAGGGAAUCUUUUUCUCCGGCAGUUUCGCCGCGAUAUUCUGGAUGAAAAAACGUGGCCUUCUACCUGGGCUGACUUUCAGCAACGAAUUGAUUUCCAGAGAUGAGGGUCUCCAUUGUGAUUUUGCGUGCCUCAUGUUCAAACAUUUGGUACAGAAACCUGACGUAGCUAGAAUCUCGUCCAUCGUGGCUGACGCUGUUACCAUCGAGCAAGAGUUCCUUACCGAAGCACUCCCAGUUGCUAUGAUCGGAAUGAACUGUGAUCUCAUGAAACAGUAUAUAGAGUUUGUUGCAGAUAGACUCCUCGUCGAAUUAAAUUGUCCAAAGAAAUACAAUUCUGUGAACCCGUUCGACUUUAUGGAACACAUCUCUCUCGAAGGAAAGACAAACUUUUUCGAGAAGAAAGUUGGGGAAUACCAAAAAGCCGGUGUUAUGGCUAGAAAAGAGGAUAAUGUCUUUACGCUUGAUGCAGAUUUUUAAUCUAGUUUUUAAAAUACCAAAAAAA